CGCCUUAUCGCGUCACUCCGGGCUGAGGCGCGAAGCAGGAAGCAGCCUUUCCUCUCGGAUUGUCGCCCUAGGAACAAACAGGCAAUUUAGUCUCUGCUCAAUGCGCCCCUCGGCCCAGAAGACGCGGAAGCCGGCCAGAAGGAAAAAUGCCUCCUCCGAUGGAGAUCGCUCUCGUGCUCCUCGGCGUACUCGCGUUGGAGGCGCGCCGGAGCGUCAGCGCGCUGCGCGUUCAGCAGCAGUUCUCCACUCCGAACAGCACCAAUAAUUUCGCGGUGGACCCGGCGUCCGGGAAGGUCUACGUGGCCAGCGUCAACAGCCUCUACCAGCUCAACGCGACCCUGAGCGUGGAGGCGCACAAGAGGACGGGGCCGGUGGAGGACAACCUGUUGUGCCACGCGCCGCAGCUUCCGCAGGCUCCGUGCCAGCAUCCCAAGUCGCUCACGGACAACCACAACAAGCUGCUGGAGCUGGACCGCGAGCAGGGCGUCGUGGUUGCGUGCGGCUCGGUAUACCAGGGCUUUUGCGAGCUCCGGAAGAUGAGCAACAUCUCCCAGAUCGCGGUGGAGUUCCCACCCGAGGGCGAGAAGACCGUGUUCCCUAGUAUGCUCAACAUCGCCGCCAACCACCCAGACGCGUCAACAGUGGGGCUCGUCCUGCGUGGGAGCCACGGUGGGAGCGACACUCGGUUGCUCGUCGGGGCCACCUACACCGGCGCCGGUACGCAGUAUUUCCCCAAAAACCACAGUAAGGAAGACCUGCGUUUCGAAAACACUCCAGAGAUCGCCAUCCGCUCCUUUGACGUCAGCGAUCUAUCCAGACUUUUCACCUAUGACAUUAACCCCUCUGAGGAUAACGUGUUCAAGAUCAAACAGGAGGCCAAAGCUAAAAACAAACUCAACUUUGUGCGUGCGUUUAAUCACAAGACCUACUCGUACAUCGCCUUCAACAAUGAUGCCAAAAUGGGCCACAAGGAGAGCCAGCCCAACAGCGUCCUGGCCAGGAUCUGUAUGGACACCAGCGGCCAAAAGUCCAACGGGCCCGAGAGCAGGAAGCUCACAGAGUCCUACAUCCAGGUGCCCCUCCAAUGUGGACGCAACGGCGACAUUUACAACCGGCUCCUGUCCGUCUACCCGGCCGACGUCCACGAUGGAGACGCCGCGGAGGCUUUCCUCUUUGGAGUCUUCUCCAAGGGGGACAAGAAGACCGCGCUGUGUGCCUUCAGGUUUGCGGACAUUGAGGAGGAGAUCCGUCGAGGGCGCAGGAGCUGCUCCAACUCGCCCAGCAGUGACGUCCAGGUGCUGGACAGUGUCAUCCAGGGCUCCGGGGCAGCCUGCGUCCAGAAGUGGAACCUGGUGCUGCAGCCGGAGCAGCUGGACUGCGGUGCGGCCCACUUGCAGCACCCUCUGGCCCUCAGGAGGCCCUUGAGGUCGCUUCCUUUGUUCCAAUACAACGGCCUGAGCUCUGUGGCUGUGGACGAUGUGCUCAACCAUACCGUGAUUUUUCUGGGAACCUCCAAUGGGCGACUUCGAAAGGUGACCUUGACACCAAACAUGACGUCGGCCAGUCAGCGCACACUAAAGCUGCCAGCCAGCGAGCCUGUCCACCAUAUCAUGACAUUUGAUCCCAAUGACAGGACCUAUCUUUAUCUCAUGACCUCCCACCACAUGCUGCGGGUCAAAGUGGCCCAAUGUGAGCAGUGGACGAGCUGCGGUGACUGUUUGGCAGCGGGUGACGCCCACUGCGGAUGGUGCACUUUGGAGAACAGGUGUAGCAUCCAGAAGGAGUGUGCCCAGGGACUCUUGGCACGUGCGUGGAUCACCAUGGGUGAAGGCCCCCAGCAGUGUCCUUCCAUGACCCUCACACCGCCGGAGAUUAGCAUCGCUGCAGAUAUCAAGGACGUGGGCAUCCUUAUCAACGGCAUGGUUCCCGAUCUGGUGGGUUUCCGGGUGGAGUGCGAAUACGGGCCGGGGAUGUGGACCGCCGCCACCUUGCACCUGGGCCACGGACCCGCUCAGAUCCAGACGUGUCCCCUCCUCGCUCGGGAAAACUACCGGCCAAUCCUCCCGGGCAAAGAUCAUUCGACUGUCUCCGUGGCGAUCAAAGUCAACGACACGUCGGUGGUCUCUGGAAAUUUCGUCAUCUACGACUGCGGGCGGACUGGAGCGAUAAACCCCAAAACCUCCUGCAUCAGCUGCCUGAGUACAAAGUGGAAGUGCUACUGGGACCAAGAGAGGCAGCAGUGUGUCUCCACUAAAGAUGAGACAAAGCAGAACCUUCUGGAGGACGCCGCUUCCUGUCCCAAGCUGCUGGCCGCAGAGGUUCCUCCAUCGCCGUCGGGGGCGGCCCAGGACUUUUCUGUAUCUCUGAGUAACGUCCAAGAGGGGGAGGAGCUUGAGUGCGACUUUGGGAGCGAGCGGCGAUACGAAGCCACAUGGCUGAACAGCACCACUGUCAAGUGCAGCGGCGUGACAUUGUCCACUAAUCAGAGGAAUCACAUCUACCAGCUCAACCUGAGGAGGAGGAGCCGCUCUGGCGAUGGCACCUAUGUGGACAACCCCGAGCCCAUGAAAGUGGAGGUGUACAACUGCGGCGUGGGCAGCGGAGACUGCUCGCAGUGCUGGGGCCGUGAAGAUCAGGGCCACCUCUGCGGCUGGUGUGAAAACGGCUGCGGACUGAGGGAUGACUGUCAGCCAAUUAAACAUCAAUGUCCAGCGCCUGAGAUCCACAAGAUCUUCCCACUGAGGGGUCCAGUUGACGGAGGCACCCGCCUAACGGUGCAGGGAAAGAACUUGGGCCGCAGGGCUGAAGCAGUCAAAGUAUCCAUCGGAGAGGUUCCGUGUGCGCUCCUGCCCGAGCUCUACACUGUCUCCGUUGAGCUGGUGUGUGUCACCGGGAGGUCUCCGCUGGACGGGACGGAUAUCGUCCAAGUGGACGUGGAUCAGAGCGGGGCGGGGAAGUCGAAGGAGGCCUUCUCGUACUUGGUCCCAAAGAUGGUCUCCAUGGAGCCCAAGAAAGGCUCACGUUCCGGUGGAACCCGAGUGACCAUCAGCGGCGAGCACCUGGGAAUAGGUUCCCAGGUCCGAGUCAUGGUCAACAACACGCUGGAAUGCAUCAUCACCGAGCAAACGGACGACAGCAUUCAGUGCACCAUGCCUCCGGCCCCGCAGGCGAGCAGCGAGUCUGUGCCAGUGUGCGUGGAGUUUGAAAACGUGUUGUGUCAGAGUGACCAACUGAGCACCACGUACACGUACGAAAAGAACCCCAGCAUCAGCUUCAUCAAGCCGGACAAGAGCUUCCUCAGCGGUGGGAGGAUCAUCACAGUGGCGGGCCAUGGCUUUGACCUGGUGCAGAGUGCCACCAUGCAGGUGGCGGAAAUUGGACAAACUCUCUGCACAGUUGUUUCGUCCUCUAUGAUCACAUGUCCGUCGCCACCCUCCAGUCAGUCCCAGCCGAGUUCGGUGCUGUUCUAUUUGAAUGGAGUCCUCUACGCGGGGGACCGCCCUUCUCCUUCUGAUAAUGAGGCCAGUGAAGAGGAGGAGGGGGAGGAAGAGGAGGAUGAAGAUGAGCUGCAUAAAGGUCACUUCCUGUUGGAAUACGUCGAGGACCCUCAGUUUUUCACAGCCAACAAAGAAAAGUUGAUUAAACAUCACCCAGGAGAGCAGCUGACACUCAUCAUCAAUAAAGGGCCCAGCGAUCUGGAGCUGAUGCCGGACGAAUACUCGGUGAUGAUCGGCCCGUACCCGUGUAACAUUAGCUUCCACAAUGACCAACUUUUCCACUGCACCAUCAGCGGCCUGCUGAGCUCCCGCGAGAACGAGAUGCCCGUUACCGUGCAAGUGGGCAACUUUCGGCACACCAUCGCCAAGGUGCAACUGGGCGGCAGCGAACUGGCCAUCGUGGUGUCCAUCGUGGUGUGCUGCGUCCUGCUGCUGCUCUGCACCGUAGCCCUUGUUGUGUACUGCACAAAGAGCCGAAGGGCGGAACGCUACUGGCAGAAAACUUUACUCCAAAUGGAGGAGAUGGAGUCCCAGAUCAGAGAGGAGAUCCGUAAAGGCUUUGCGGAGCUACAGACGGACAUGACGGACCUGACCAAGGAGCUCAAUCGCAGCCAGGGCAUCCCCUUCCUGGAGUACAAACAAUUUGUCACCCGCACCUUCUUUCCAAAGACAUGCUCGGAUUACGAGAGGAGUUUGGUUCAGCCUGCCUACGAAUACGAUGCUUUGGGCCCUCGAGCUCUGCCGGAGACGCACCCGCUGCUGCAGGACUGGCAGGCCAGCAGCCCGACCAGACCCAACGUAGAGGAAGGCAUCACUCUGUUCGCCACGCUUCUCAAUAACAAGCACUUUCUCAUCACCUUCGUCCACGCCCUGGAGCAACAGAAGGACUUUGCUGUACGAGACAGGUGCAGUCUGGCUUCCCUACUCACUAUCGCCCUUCAUGGCAAGCUGGAGUAUUACACCAGCAUCAUGAAAGACCUGCUGGUGGACCUCAUCGAUGCAUCAGCCUCCAAGAACCCCAAGCUGAUGCUGCGCCGCACCGAGUCUGUGGUGGAGAAAAUGCUCACCAACUGGAUGUCCAUCUGCAUGUACAGCUACCUCAAAGAAACCGUGGGCGAGCCAUUUUUCCUCCUGCUGUGCGCAAUCAAGCAGCAGAUCAACAAGGGCUCCAUAGACGCCAUCACGGGGAAAGCCCGCUACACCCUUAACGAGGAGUGGCUGCUCCGUGAGAAUAUCGAAGCCAAGCCGCAGAACAUCAACGUGUCCUUCCAGGGCUGCGGCAUGGACUCGUUAUCUGUCAAGGUUAUGAAUAUGGACACCAUCUGCCAGGUGAAGGAGAAAAUCAUCGAAGCCUUUUAUAAAAACUUGCCGUUCUCCCAGUGGCCCCGAGCGGAAGACGUGGACCUGGAGUGGUUUGACUCUGGCAGCAACAGCAAACUUCUGCAGGACCUGGACAACUCUUCGGUCAUGGAAGAUGGCCGCAAGAAACUCAACACCAUCUUCCAUUACCAGGUCCCAGAAGGGGCGUCGCUCGCCAUGAGCCUGCAAGACAAGAAAGAGAACACCCUGGGGAGAGUCAAAGAUCUGGACACAGAAAAGUACGUUCACUUGGUCCUUCCCCACGACGAGCUGAUGGAGAACAAAAAGUCCCACAGGCAAAGCCACCGCAAGAAGGUGCUGCCUGAAAUCUACCUGACACGCCUUCUGUCUACCAAGGGAACGCUCCAGAAGUUCCUGGAUGACCUUUUUCAGGCCAUCCUCAGCAUCCCGCCAGAACAGCCCCCACUGGCUAUCAAAUACUUCUUUGACUUUCUGGAGGAGCAGGCCGACAAACGGGGUAUCACUGACCCGGACACCUUACACAUCUGGAAAACCAACAGUUUACCGCUACGAUUCUGGGUCAACAUCCUGAAGAAUCCCCAGUUUGUCUUUGACAUCGACAAGACGGAUCACAUGGACGCGUGUCUGUCCGUCAUCGCCCAGGCCUUCAUUGACGCCUGCUCCAUUUCCGACCUGCAGCUGGGCAAGGAUUCUCCGACCAACAAGCUGCUGUACGCUAAGGAAAUCCCAGAGUACAAGAAGAGGGUGCAGUGCUACUACAAGCAGAUCCAGGAAAUGGCGCCUCUCAGCGAGCAGGAGAUGAACGCUCACCUGGCCGAGGAGUCUCGAAAGUACCGAAAUGAAUUCAACACCAACCUGGCCUUGACGGAGAUCUACAAAUACGCCAAGAGAUACAGACACCAGGUGGUGACCGCCCUGGAGUGCAACCCGACGGCGCGUCGCACUCAACUCCAGCACAAGUUCGAGCAAGUCGUCGCCCUGGUGGAGGACAACAUCUACGAGUGCUGCAGUGAAGCCUAAGUGGGCCACCACAUCCACCUUUGCCGCCGUCAUAGUCGUUUUGCACGGAGUGAAACGUAGCGACGAGGCUUCCCAACGCAUCCGGGUCGGCUCGGCUUUUAAGCGAUGCCGAGAUGAGACUUUUGUAUCGUCGGCGGGACCCGUAGCCUGGCCGGUCUUAAUGCACUGAACCUUUCCCCGAGGGAACGAGCCAAUGAUGCACUGCACUGUAUUAUAAUGUCCAUAGCAAUAUUUAUAGAUGUGUUGUCAUGCUUUGGAGUGGCCGUCUGUCCGUAGGAGACGACAGCGAUUAAAGUCGUUCGUAGAGCCUGUAACGUUCUCAGGUGUGACUCCCCACCGUCGGUGCUUUGAACUUUUUGUCCCAAUGUGCUUUGCGGGUGAAGUAGAGACGAGUGGAACGGCUCAGUGGGAAGAGCCGCCGUUCAAGUAUUGAACGUUAUUGAAACCGUCCACGCGUGGACAUUUGGACCAAACCAGAGGGAAAUGUACAUUUAUGACCAACGUGAUCUCCGUAUUAUCUCAAGACAAAUGUCUUAUAUGACUGUAUUUGUGAUGCCAAAUGAUUUGUGAGAGUGGGUGAAAUAAAUGACAGUAUUUAGGCUUU